CAUAAUACCCGAUUAAGAGGCAACUCUGUGGAACCUUUGGUCGGCCAUUAUGAGCUCUCUGGAAGCAACGGAGCAGAUUGUUGACAACUCUCGCUAGUCAGCCCAACUUCCUCAGUUUUAGAAGGUAACGUGAACAAAGGUGUGGAAAUGUGUUUACCCAGGUGUGGUGUGCUUUUGCCAGAUCUUCGCCAGUGUUAGCUCACCGGGUAAUGUUUGCUGGCGAGUUGCCUUCCGUUGAGCUUCUGGCUAGCCGCUUAAGCAGCGUUAGUUAGUGAGCUAAUUUGAUGUUAGCUAGCUAAAAAAAAUCUCUUGGCUAACCUUGCUCCAGCUCAGACAGGAACAUGGGUGAUGGCAGUAUCACUCCUAAACUCGGCGGUAUGAAGGCUUUACUCGGUAUAGUCGCUGGGGCUGGAGCCUCCUACGGGAUUUACAAACUUAUCAGCGGUGGGAGCUUUAAGAGAAACAAGAAAAGUGCCGCCAGUGACAGCCGGGGUGUCAAGGACAGUCAGCCCGGAGAAGUGACCCUCCAGCCGGGGAGCCUGAUGGCCAGAGUGUCGGGACUGGACGUUGUUUGUGCCCGGGGGGUCGGCACUUACACUAAGGAUGUUGUAUCAAGUGACAUCAUCUCACCUGGGAGGCUGGAAGCACAACACGUGAAAAUGCUGUUAUCAUGUCUCCAGACCGCCAGCGAUCCGUCUGACAGAUGCCAGAUCCUGCUAACUUUAGGAAAUGCUGCUGCCUUCACUGUCAACCAGGACCUCAUUCGGGAAUUUGAGGGCCUUCAUGUCAUUGCUGGCUUCCUUUCGGACCCUGUGGCAGAAGUAAGAGUGCAGACUCUGAAUGCUUUGAAUAAUCUUUGCAUGAACAUCCUAAACCAGGAACAGAUAAAGGUUUAUGUGCCACAAGUGCUGGAGCUGAUUGAGAUAUCACCAGUGAACUCUGAACUUCAGCUUGGUGCUCUGAGGCUGUUGACGAACCUUUCAGUCACCGACAAGCAUCAACACUUACUGAAGGGAUCAAUCACACUUUUACUCUCUCUACUCAUUGUGAGCAAUGAGGCAUUACAGGUUCAGGCUUUAAAAGUCCUCGUGAAUUUAUCAUCUAAUCCAGACAUGAUGGAUGACAUUGUUCAAGCCCAGGCACCAGCUUCUGUUGUGUUGCUGUUUGAUGCGCGGACAGCCCCAGCGGUGCUUCUCCGACUGCUGACAUUUGCAGGGAAUUUGAAGGCCUGGAGGCCCUCUGCCCAGGUGGCUGAUGAACUGAGGGGGAAACAGGAUUGCCUGUUCCGGGUUCUGCUAGAUGAGUCUUCCCAGCUUCACAGCAGACUGGUCCAGCUGCUUUCACACCCUGACGGAGAGAUUCAGGCCCAGGUGGCACGUAUCCUGACGUAGACUUCCCUCUCUGUCAAUGCACAGCCUUUGCUUCUACAACCUUUGCCAAAGCCAUCAUCCUAACACCCUACCAUCUAAACCCUAGUUUUGUUAACAGUAACCUUAAACACAAGUAGGCAGCAGUAGACCUGUUGAGGCAUCCGCUGGAUCCUCAGCUCGCACUUCCACACUCUUCCAUUCUAAUGCUGACAAUAUAGUCCCCAAAUCCACAUUUCUACCACACAUCACCAAAUGACCCGAGUCACCACACCAACCCUAUUCUCCAGUGUUUUCCUGUUGUCUCGCCUACAAUUGAUCAAUGAGCAAAGUGGUGGGAAGAGGGGAGCAGGAAGAAGACAUUCAAUAGAGUAUUUAUUUAAAUCCAGGCCACCUCUCCCACUGUUUUCUCCUGCCCCCGGGGAGUUUUCAGUCUCGCUGAAAGAGACAGUUCUCCUGCAAAGAUCCACAGUGCCCUUUCUUCCGAGAAGAUAUUUUCUCCGAAGACAUCUUGUUCCAGGUGAAAUUUCUGAACCCGAACCCACUGCCAAAACUCUUCAGAGAAUGUGUUGUUAGGCCUGUGCAAAACAACCCAGUUUACUACCACUUGAUGAUGAACUGAGCAGAGAGGCAUACAGCUGGAGAGAGGAGGUUUCUUGCUGCACACCCUAGCAUGCCUUGGAGACACCAGUGAAUGGAUGUGCAGCCCUGGUCCUACUAGGCCACAAUGGGCUGGAAAUUUUAACUCUUACCCUGCCAGAAAUGUAUUGACAUGAUUGAUUCAGUAGUCUGCAUCACCUCUGUAACACCUCUUUCGUGUAUUUCAUUUGAAACUGUUCCCAUCAAAGUAAAUGCAUCAUUACUUUAGAGAAGAAAUGAGGAUUUUCUGCAGGGUGAGGACCUUGGAGUCAAAAUGCUGCUCUUCCACAUUGAAAGGAGCUAGUUUAGAUUGUUUAGGCUAUUGGUCAAGAUGACAUGUUAUUGCUCUUUUUUUGGAAACGUAUAAGCCACAGCUGCUUUACUGGGAGGAAACCAGGACCCAGGACGUGCUGGAGGAGCUGCACCGGGAGCGCCUGCAGAUCCCCCAGGAGGAGCUGGAGGAAGUUGCUGCAGAAAAGGACAUCAGGGCUGCUCUGCUCGCCAUGUCACCACCACAAUAACAAAAUCAACAGCUUUACAGUAAAUUGACCGAAGGCCUUUGACAAAGCAGUCUGUAAUAAUAAUUAGAGCCUGACUGAUAUAUUGGUUGGCCAACAUUAUCAGCCAAUAUUGCUCUCUCACAGAUAUAUUGGUAUCAACAUAUAUGUUAUCCAAUGUGCACUGUUAUGAAAACUUUUUUUUUUUUUUUUUACAGAACAUAAACCAGAAGCUUUGGGUAAUUUAGACAAGAAUAUUUAUUGUUUUUUCUGAAUUCAGGUUUAAUUAAUUCCUAUAUAGAUAUAUAGAUCUAUUCAAGUGUGUCUUUUUCAAAUUUAUAGUUAUUUAUAAUAUUAAAUUCCCAGUGAAAUAUAUUUGACAUCAGCGCACUGAUGUAAUUUUGGACAAUACACUUUAUUUAACUGUAAAAUAUCCUAUCUCCAUCUUUGUCACAAGUGUUUGAUAACCACACUUGAGGUGAUCCUUGCAAAAAAUGUGUUUAUGUAUAUAUCAACCGAUAUAUCCAUCCAAAUUUUUCUUACUCCCUAAUAUUGGCAUUAUAAUAAUGAUAACUAGAUUUACCCAUGUGAAAAUCUGUUGAACUUGCCACUAACUGUAUGUAGGAAGACAGACCAUGAAUGGUAGAGCCACAUGUUGCCUGCAGGACCGGAGCUGUGCACCCCGCUGCUGACUUGUUACACUGUAGAUGAUAGAGAGGAUCAAGUGUGUGGGCUGCAUACCUCGUAUUUGCAUGUAUAAUGUGAUGACAGUCUUUGAAUAUGAUUUUUCAAUAUAACCAUUUUAUGGCAUGAGCCAGUCCAGUUGUAGAGAUGCUGCACAAUUUUAAUGUUUGGAUACUGACUUUCAGACCCAAGUCUCUCAGGCAUACGGUUUCCCACAGCAGAUACAGCAGGAGGCUGAUUUACUUGUGACCUAUAGAUAAUCAUAUUUAUUUUGAUGAAGUCAGUCAGCAUUUUGCCUGUCAAAUGGGGAAUAUGUUUAUUAUGUCUGCUUGAAUGGUUGAAUAAAUAUACUAUGUCCUAUAAUUUC